AUGGAGAACGCACGCGCCCUCUACCAGAAUGACGUCGACUUCGAAGCCCUCGCGUUACAAUCAUCGGAGUUCGCCAAGCACCUUAAAUCGAACAAGCAGCUAGACUUCAAUGAUCCAGUCGCUGUGAGACAGCUUACCAUCAGUUUACUGCAACGUGACUUUGGCCUCAAAGUCAAACUACCAGAAGAUCGACUUUGCCCUCCAGUACCCAAUAGGUUAAAUUACAUUCUCUGGAUUCAAGACUUGCUUGAUUUAUCGACUGGAAGUAUUCGAAGAAGCUUCGACCCGAACAGAAAGGUAUCAGGUCUAGACAUUGGCACCGGAUGCUGUAGCAUCUAUCCUCUGCUAGGCUGCAAGACUCGAGACCAGUGGAAAUUCUUUGCAACGGAUAUCGACGAGAGCAAUAUCCAAACUGCGCAAGCUAAUGUAGAAUUGAACGGCCUGGAGUCGCGGAUCAGUAUUCUUCAGACCAGCCCUAGUGGCCCAUUCUUCCCAUUAAGCAGACUUGGAGCCGAAAGUCUUGAUUUCACAAUGUGCAACCCGCCAUUUUACUCCUCCCACGAAGAGAUGACCGCAACUGCUGAACUUAAAUCGCAUGCUCCCCACUCAACGUGCACUGGGGCUGAUGUGGAGAUGAUCACGCCCGGUGGGGAAGCUGCUUUUGUGAUACGGAUGAUUGAUGAAAGUCUUCAACUACGUGCUAAGAUACAGUGGUAUACGUCUAUGCUUGGCAAGUUGAGUAGUGUCACGACUCUCGUUGAAGCGCUCAUGGAGCGAGACAACCAUAACUAUGCCGUGACCGAGUUUGUUCAAGGCAAUAAGACGAAACGCUGGGCCAUUGCUUGGUCUUGGGGGGACAUGCGACCUUCUAUGACCUCCGCGCGAGGAAUUCCAGGUUUCCCAAAACAUUUACUUCCAUUCCCCGCUGAUUACACACUCACUCUUUCAUCCACAACCUAUGAUGCUGUGAUGACUGCAAUGAAUGCUGAUUUGGGAUCGCUCCCGUGGUAUUGGAAUUGGGAUCAAUCACUAAGUGCUGGUGUCGGUUUUGCUUCUGGGAAUGUCUGGUCUCGCCAGGCACGUCGCAAAUUGAAGAUUGCAGGGGAGCAAGGUUCGAUGGCCAGCUUAACCAACAUCCCCCCCGAGGUUGAGCUAGGAGUGCGAGUUCAAUUAAAACUCACACAUGUGCAAGGAUCCUCAGGGAAUACCGUGGAGGUCUUGAUUAGCUGGAUCAGAGGAACAGACAGUGUGUUAUUUGAGAGUUUCUGUGGGAUGUUGAAGAGAAAAUUGGAGAGCAAGUAA